UCGUUGAAAGUCAGUCCUUUUACACCAGCAGGGACACUAUUCGCAUAGGAGAUUCACCAUGGCUUCUGCACUGAAUUAUACACCUUUUGUGUUUUAUUUUCUAUAUUUGUCGUUAUUCUUUACUGGCGUGUUUUGCGACGCUGAUUCAGAAGAUGAGCAUGCCAAACACACGUACACGGUGGAAAUGUUCAACGAAGCGGUACCAACGGCACCCCACUUUGUCAUGUUUUACGCCCCAUGGUGUGGCCAUUGCCAGAGGUUGCAGCCUACAUGGAACGAACUGGCAGACAAAUACAACAGCAUGAAUGACCCACCAGUAUAUGUGGUCAAAGUAGACUGCGUUCAGGACACCAAGUUCUGCUCCAACGUCCACGGUGUUAGAGGCUACCCUACACUGAAGUUAUUUAAGCCAGACCAGGAAGCAGUUAAGUACCAAGGUCCUAGAGAUCUGCAGUCUCUAGAGACAUGGAUGCUGAAGACCCUCCAGGAGGAGCCUUCAGAACCAGAGAGCGAGCUGGAGCCUCCUAAAGCUCCAGAGCCUAAACAGGGCAUGUAUGAGCUCACUGCCCUCAACUUCAAGGACCAUAUAUCCAAAGGUGCCCAUUUCGUUAAGUUCUUUGCACCAUGGUGUGGCCACUGCAAAGCCAUGGCACCAACCUGGGAACAGCUGGCCACCACCUUUGAGCACACCGACGAUGUAAAAAUAGGAAAGGUGGAUUGCACGCAGCAUUAUGAGGUGUGCUCUGAGAACGGUGUGAGAGGAUAUCCAACGCUGCUCUUCUUCUAUAAUGGACAGAAAACAGAACAGUACAAAGGAAAAAGAGAUCUGGACUCUUUCAAAGACUUUGUGGACAACCAGCUGAAGGCUGCGCUUACAGAGGAGAAAGAAGAGGAGCCAAAAGAGGAGCAGAAAGAAAAUGAGGUCCCCACUGAAGAGCCAGCCAAAGAUGAAGCAAAGUCCAAUGUGGUGGUCCUCACGGAGAGCAACUUUGAUGAGAUCGUAGCUACGGGCUUCACCUUUAUCAAGUUCUAUGCUCCGUGGUGCGGCCACUGCAAGAAUCUCGCUCCAACAUGGGAGGAUCUUUCCAAGAAGGAGUUUCCCGGCCUCACUGAUGUCAAGAUUGCCAAAGUGGACUGCACUGUUGAGCGCACGCUCUGCAACAAGUACUCUGUGCGAGGGUACCCCACCUUGAUCAUCUUCAGAGCUGGCGAGCAGGGCGACGAGCAUCACGCAGGGCGGGACUUGGAGAGCUUGCACAACUUUGUGAUGAGGCAGGCGAGAGAUGAGCUGUAGAAACGGGGUUGGUCGGUGCUCACUUUUCUCCACCACCGUACUCACCCACUCUGCACAUCUGGCCAGCAGGACACCAAGUCUUUGUCCUGCAGCAGCCAGAUCUCCGUCUCACUUUCCACUCCGGUUCUCUUCAGGAAGGAGUCAGACAAUGAUGGACUGAUGCAGUCGGUCACAUCUCCUGUUUUUUUCUUCUUCUUUCUUUUUCUUUUUACUGACAGAAUAACUGUGUUUGGGAUGUGAAUGUAUUUCUCAUUGCUGUUGCCCAACUAGAUUCUUCUGGAAUCUGUGACCUCGGUUGGGACUUUAAAUGAAGCCUGACGACCACUGCAAGCACUUCUCAGUUGAUUACAACCAAAAACUUCUUUCACAGUAAUGUUUGUUAAAAGGUGGAACUCUGGUUUAAAAAAAUAAAACAUGACUUUUGUUCUAAA